CACUAGUUUGGGGAAUGGGUGCUUGUGAGUGACUUAGUUAGGUCCUAUUGUUUGAAUAAGGAUAACUGGAUCGAGUAGCAAAGACGGCGUUGUUGGGCUAUGCAAGUGACUCCAACGCAACCGAGAUAUCGCCCACAGAGCUAUGGAAAAUUUGUUCUCUGGCCAAUCUCCGACUGCUUCCCCAUUUGUGUCAUAUGAGGAUCGAGGCUGGGUCAGCUCCUCAGGUCUCGGCGUCACCGCAGCACGACCAGCUUGGGGACAUCCAUAUGAGGAGUACUGCCGGGUUGUUCAUGAACUCGGCAAUGGCUAUGGCUAUGGCGCCGGCGACUACGACAACGACGAAGGAACCCAUACUGCUAACGAGAGACAAAUUGUGACGAGCUCCCUCCCGACGGAUAAUGCCGCCCGAAAGGUGUUCAGAAGCCACCUCUUUGAAACAGCUCGCCCGCAUUUUGAUCGCAAAGUCACCAUCGAAAGGCUUUCAUUACCUCCUCACAAUCUGAAGGCCAAGAAGAUCAAUUUUCCCAAGAUGGACGAGGUCUCCGAGGGCAGAACCCCGACGGAUCAAAAAAACCAAGACGGAAACCAAGCCCCCGAGGCGACCCGGGAAAGUGGGUUCAAGGCUUCGGAGAAGAACCCAGAGGACACCAAAGAUGUGAGGGAGACGGUAUCGAUGAUCCAGCAGCCUCCAAACCAGGAUCCUAAUGAUAAAGAUGAUGGAGCGUCGGGAUCCCCUCCUCCGCCGCUCAAGAAAGAAGACGUCCAAACAUCAGAGGCCUCGACUACUUCUAUCCCGAGUGGAGCAGACAUCAAAGACGAGAUCAAGACUUCGCCUCCAGAGCAAACCCAAGAGGCAGAAGCCCCAAGCCAAUACCCGCCGUCCAAGCCAGAACUUCCCAAUGAAGCUGGGGCAUUGGAUUCGGGAGCCGCCAAUGCUACCGCCAGUGGAAAUUCGACUAGCCAUUUGCACAAUCAUGGAACUCCAAAUGGAAUCACGCUUGAUCCCAAUGAUAUGCAUGUUCAAUUUUCGGUGUCCCUUCCUGUGCCAGUGCCUCCUUCACGGUUUUCGUUUUGUCCCGCGGGUCCACUUCCAACCGGGGAAACGGUUCAAAACGAGGAGCACAGAGCAGUGACGUACGAUGAGUCCAUAGAGCUUAUUGAUUUCUCAAAUGGAAGCAAUUUCAUCCAAGCUGGAACAGAUGAACGAGGGGUGAUCCACGUGAUCAAAGAUGAUGCCAAUCCAGAAUAUCAAGCCGUGCCGUAUUCUCGAGGCGGCCAUGAGUUGGAGCCUUUUACACUCGGACCGAUUGCGACCAUGUCAUCGAACAGUCAACCCGAUGCAUUGAGGACUGCCGUCGAAUCGGCCGAGGUCGAUAAGGAUGAUUCGCAUAUGAUCCUAAACAUUUCCAACCCAAUGGGAAGAAUCUAUGAGAAUCCACCCCCUUACGUAGAUAUGGAUCAUGAUUCUCGAUUAAUCCGUGGGGACACCUACUUCACCGCGUACAACAAUGCUAAUGUUGAUUCACCUACGUCUCAUGACAUCACGCCUACGUACACGUUGUUGGAAAAUUCGACCUCUUUCAAUCGAAGCGGGACGAACGGCAACGGUGGUGCGUUGCUCUCCGGUAGCAACGGUAUCUACACACCCAUGACUCAAAUCUCGGUGAACGCCCAAAGAUUUGAUCAGGAUUCGCCCAUCUAUUCGGUGCGACAGCCGCAUGUCCAACAAAGACCAUCAAUCUAUGAUCCAUCCAUGCCGGUAGCAACACCUACCAUUUCCUACGGGGAAAUUGCCAAAUCAGAUGGACAAUGGUCUCAAAAUGGAACUUUUUAUGUUCAAUCCAGCCAACAAGUCAGACCCGAAAAUGAUAUGUAUAAUCCCAAUGGAGGCAAGCAUACACCCGAUCUGGGCAAUUAUGGUCACUACGUCCCAACGGCCGCGGUUCAAUUCCCCAGUUCAUCAUCCCACCUCACGGGACCCGGGGUAAUGGAUCAGAGUAAUCUUGAAGUGGUUGGAGCUUACAUGGCCAAUGUACAAUGCAUGACCUGCGGAGGAGCCGUUAGUGAAAGCACUCUCCGAAGAAACUCAUUUCAACCUUCCCAAUGUGAUAGCUGUGCCUCCAAUACCAAGUACAAUGGCAUUCGGGGAGCCACGAAUACUGCCCGAGGGUCAUCGGGAGCUCGAGCAACGCGAAAUCCACCACCACCUAGUACAAAUCGUCGAACGGGUCUGACUUGUGCCAAUUGCAAUACCACCACCACAACGCUUUGGCGGCGAAAUGAUCAAGGCGAGCCAGUGUGCAAUGCUUGUGGCCUUUAUUAUAAGUUGCACAAAAUCAAUCGACCCAAUACAAUGAAAAAGGAAGGCAUUCAAACCAGGAAACGGAAGCCCAAAAAUGCCCAACCCAAAGAUGGGCAGCCCAAAAAGCUGAGCUCUUCCUAUUAUUAUCUAAAAGCGAAGGACUCAGACGGGUCAAAAGCUACGACCAUUGAUAUUAACCAAGGCUUUCAGCAGGACCAAACCUAUCAGCCUCCUGACCAGCUUAUGCUAAGUAAUUCCCUGGAAGCUCAAUCUUCGAAUUCUCAAGACUUGUCCAAUGCCACCUAUCAGCUGGAUGUUUUACAAACUAGGCAGGAUGAGCCUGCCUACAUCAUUCACGGCACCGCCCCCGGAACGACCAUAGAAGUCACAAGUGCCUAUGAAAGAAAUACCUCGUUGGCCACCCUGGGAUCCUUGGACCCGUCCUCGACUAUCGUUACCUUUCCCACUGACAAUAUGAUUCUGAGCCAAGGUACAUCGGUGACCGGAGUCAUAAUACCCUCGAGAGAUGACGAUGAAACCAGAUCAAGUAGCCAUCAAAGCCCCCAUGGGACCCCAGCUGUUAUUGCCGUGAGCAACCAAUCUGCUCAGGCGACGUGGGACCUCCAUCCCACAUCCUCAUCUCUUCAGGAUGGGCAAGGGGAUCAGAGUAAUGAUUAAUACUCCCAGUGAUGAUUAUGAACGAAUGAAUGAAUUGAAUGAAAUGUGAUUUGUUAAUACAUUAUCUAUUGAAUCAA